GCGAAACUCGGAUGUGUUUAGAGCUUGCAAAAACGCGCAAAACUAAUUUAAAAGAUUAAAACUUAAAUAUAAAAUGUUUACAUUAUUUUUUUGAUAGAAUUUAAAUCGCCAUGAAUAAUAACGAAACUUUGACUGACAUUUUAUCGACGACAAAAGACCCUUUCGACGAUAUUCCGGUUAACAUAAGGCACGUUAUAAUUGAGUUUUUGAUCGGCGCCCAUGUCGAAGGUAACGAUGUAACGGUUCCACACGUGAGGAGUUCCGUUGUCAACAUUUAUCAAUCGAUUAUUUGCAUUUAUGUUUUGUUAAUAAUCGUUGGAGUUUCGGCAAAUUUAGCGGUCGGUUUUCAUAUUGUAAGACAUAGACUUUACGCAGAUCCCACAUAUAGUUUUAUCGUUAACAAUGUUGUUAGUGAUAUCGUUAAGUGUAUCGCUGUUUUACCCAUAACAUUAUACGUACUUUUAGUAGAAAAUUGGAAUCUCGGGGAAUUACUUUGUUCCUUUUUACCAAUGCUACAGGAUAUUCCGCUACAUACCACAACACUAACAUUCCUAUUAAUGGCCUGGGAUCGACUCAGAUACGUUAAACAUCCAAAUAAGCCAAGAAUACCAGCUUUUGUAUGCACCAUUGGUACCUGGUUAACCGCUUUGUGUCUCGUUUUACCUUAUCCGAUUUAUAUUAUUUACGUUGAUUUAGGGAAACAUCUUCCAGCUUUCGACGGUGUUGGGAUUUGUAUCGUAAAUUUUACCGACGAUAUGCAAGAGUACAUGCGUGGAAUCUUUCUUUUCAUGUACGCAGCUCCGUUAUCAACAAUUUCGUACUUGUACGUGAAAGUUUCGAGAAAAUUGCAGGAACAACAAGGGGAUUCCGGAGUGAUUUUAUUCGAAACUCGACGAAAUGGGAGAUCUAGGACCGAUUCUCAUUCAACCACCAUCGAUAUCACUAGAAGUAACUGUCGUGGUGAUUGCGAUACUUUAAGCGAUAACAGCCGAAAUAGUUAUACAAGAAAUAACCGGGCUAGUUACAGAGAGAGUCGAUUUAGACAAGAAUCGAGCGAAGAUCUCGAUAUCCCGAAAGAAACGCGAACGCAGAAGUAUUUGGUCUUAAUGGUGACCAUGUACGCGGUUUUUCUUUGCCCGUUGAUGAUCUUGAGGGUGGCUCGAUUGGCUCUUAUCGAAACCUACGAGAAUACCGCCCAUUUCGAUAUCACCUACACUAUGCUGGUUUGGAUCGCGUUUCUUCAUACUUGCUCCACCCCGAUUUUAUUCGCAUCCUGGCAAAUGAGUCGUCCAUCAAAAGAACGCCUUCGUGGUUACUUCCGGUUCAGUAACCGGAAACUUCGUCGUUCGUGCGACAUCCCCAACCAGCAAAAUCCGGGACAACAUCGUUCGUCCGUGUACGGUAUUCCCGGUGAACGAAGAGGGGAUCUCGUUAUGACGGGAAAUGGGGAAUUUUCGGAUUGUGGAAGCAUGGAAACAUCCUGAUCCGGACAGAAUUCGAGCAGAAAAUGUUUGCUUAAAAAAGGACAACAUUUUGAACAGCUCAUAUAAAGAAGAUAAAGAAUAUAAAGGUUUGAGAUAAGUAACGAAGAAAGUUCAACGUUAAAACUCAAGAAAUAACCAGCCAAAGUAUACUUAAAAUAAAUAUAACGAUGUUUGUAAUAUAAUUGUUGUGUAACUAGAAUUUUUUUUGUAACAAAAACUGUUUGUGAUGUCUGACAAAUAAAAAAGUACAUACAUAACA